AUGAAGCUCCUUGGUGGUCUCCUGCUACUCUUCACAGCAACCUGUUUGUGCAACAGCUUCUCCGAAGUUACCAGCCACCCUUCACCCACAGUGGACUGUGACAUAUACAAGAAGUACCCAGUGGUGGCCAUCCCUUGCCCCAUUGAAAACAUCCCAGUUUGUGGAUCUGACUAUAUCACUUACGGGAAUAAAUGCAAGUUGUGUACAGAGAUCUUGAGAAGUAAUGGGAAAAUUCAGUUUCUUCAUGAAGGGCACUGCUAA